AUGGUUGGUGUGCAAUUCACAACCGAGCAACGCACAUUUGUGUUGCUAGAGUACAAUAAGACAAGAAGUCCAGGGCGGGUAAUUGAGCGUUUUGAAGAGAGGUUUCUGGACCGGCAGCCUCCAUGCGCCAGGACGAUUUUAAGGAAUUUUCCUAAGUAUUCAACACAAGGGACAAGUCUAAACAGAAAUGUUGGACAUUCUGGAAGACGACGAACAGCUAGGUUGUUAAAUAAUAUCAACACAGUAAGUGAAGCACUUCGACAUGAUCCAAGAAUCAGCACUAGAUGUAACCCAACAGGACUUUCAAGGGCAACAUUCAACAGAAUAACAAAAUUGGAUCUGAAAUGGCAUCCAUACACAAUGAACAUAUGACAUGAACGUUUCCCGCAAGAUCCAGCACGACGUUUAGCAUUUUGCACAUGGUUGGUGGAAAGAAAUGCGGACUUCUGGGCUAAUCUUGUCAUUGGAGAUGAAGCUUCAUUUCAAAUGAAUGCAUGUGUAUCAUCACGAAAUGUCCUGGAAUACGCACCGCGUGGGUACCCACCAAUGCAUAACUACCACCGGCGUGAUUCACGGCAAAAGUGGAUGGUCUGGGUGGGCUUGUGCGGUAAUGGUGAGGUUGUUGGUCCAUUAUUCUUUCCUGGGAAUGUAAACAGAGAAGCCUACUUGGAUAUGCUGAACAACAACAUUGUCCACAUCUUGUCACAACAUUAUGAAGUCCAAGCCAACAGAGUGUUUCAAAGAGUUUGGUGGGCUCAGGAUGGCACCCCUGCUCAUCGUUGA